UGGAGUUCCAUGGAGUGAUGAGAUUUUAUUUUCAAGAUAAAGCUGCUGGGAAUUUUGCAACAAAAUGCAUUCGGGUCUCUAGUACUGCCACCACUCAAGAUGUGAUCGAGACGCUGGCGGAGAAAUUCCGGCCUGACAUGCGGAUGCUGUCGUCCCCCAAGUACUCCCUCUAUGAAGUGCAUGUCAGCGGAGAAGAAAGAAGAUUGGAUAUAGAUGAGAAGCCCCUAGUUGUUCAGUUGAAUUGGAAUAAAGAUGAUCGAGAGGGCAGAUUUGUUCUUAAGAAUGAGAACGAUGCCGUUCCUCCUAAGAAGGCUCAGAGCAAUGGACCUGAAAAACAGGAGAAAGAAGGUGUUAUCCAGAACUUCAAGAGAACUCUCUCAAAGAAAGAAAAGAAGGAGAAAAAGAAGAGAGAAAAAGAGGCAGUGAGGCAGGCGUCUGAUAAGGACGAUAGGCCUUUCCAAGGGGAUGACAUUGAGAAUUCCCGACUGGCUGCUGAGGUUUACAAAGACAUGCCUGAAACCAGCUUUACCCGAACGAUUUCGAAUCCGGAGGUGGUCAUGAAGCGUCGCCGGCAGCAGAAACUAGAGAGGAGGAUGCAGGAGUUCCGGAGCUCGGACGGGCGGCCUGACUCAGGUGGAACAUUGAGAAUUUAUGCAGAUAGUUUAAAACCAAAUAUUCCCUACAAGACAAUCCUGCUGUCUACCACAGAUCCUGCAGACUUUGCUGUGGCUGAAGCUUUAGAGAAAUACGGUCUGGAAAAAGAAAAUCCUAAAGAUUACUGCAUUGCCCGGGAUUACGGAGGAAUGGUUGCAGUGCGGUAA